CGUCCAGUAGGACCCUAACAUUGGUCCUUUAGGAUUCUCACCGUCUUAAUUCGCGAAAAUAACGGUCAACCGACUUCAAAAAUCUCGGGGCGCUUCAGACGUGGUCUUCAGCUGUAGAAGAUACCUGGUGAAGACUCUUCAUUAUCAUCGCCACAUCGGGUACUCCGCCUAGCAACCGCGCACGCCAGAGAAAAAGAAGCUAUUCGGAAAUUUGCAUUGCAACGGACUUUGGACCCAUCGAAAGUGCGAGUCAUCUUGAGAACAAAGGAAGUUAACAUCUUCGAUCACGAUUCAUUUGUGGACGUUUAUAGACAUACGACGAGAUUGAGAUGCUUUCGGAAACCGCGGAUUCAGAACGCGAAGAUUUCGAAACAAAGUACCACGAGCUAGUGGCGGGGGCGCGCAACCUGCUCGGCGCGCGUCCGCUGCACUCCGCGACCUUGGACGCUGCGCGUGAGGAAUCCGUGGCGAGUUUCGUCGAUGCUCAUCAGGCAGGUGGUCAUAAAUCUAAUUGUGUUAGGUUGCCAAAAAUAGAUUUACCUACUUUUCAAGGUCACUAUCAGCACUGGCUUGAGUUUAGGGAUACAUUUAUCUCAUUGAUACAUUCCAGAGAAGAUAUGGAUAAUAUUAAUAAGUUACAUUAUCUUCGCGCGUCUUUAAAAGGUAGUGCCCUACUUGUCAUAGAUAACUUAGAUUUUAAAUCUGAGAAUUACACUUCUGCUUGGAAAUUAUUGUGCAGUAGGUACGAUAAUAAAAGGUUGCUUGUAAAUAAUCACGUCAAGGAACUUUUUAACGCUGAGCGAAUCAGCAAUGAAUCUUGUGCAUCAAUUAGACGUCUUAUAGAUGUUACUAACAAAAACCUGCGUGCACUUUCUACAUUAGAUGAACCCACUCAACAUUGGGACACAUUAAUUAUUCAUAUGAUGACAGAAAAAUUGGACAGUGUGACGCAUAGGGCAUGGGAGGAGCAUAGAAAUACUCUCACUGAUCCUCCAUCUUUAGAGGUAUUUAUUACUUUCCUUAGCAACAGAGCAGACUUGCUGGAGACUUUGCAAGAAAGUAAAGGUAACAGUUGUAAAACUGAAAAUAAAAAUAGUACCAACCUAUGUAUAGCUACAACUAACAAUAAUAAUUCAUUCAACAAUAAAAAUACAAACAAAACAUUCAACAAACAGCAUAAAAAAAUAUUUACAUGUCCCGUUUGCAAUCAAACUCAUUUUCUCUUUAACUGUGAAACAUUCAGAGCCCUUCCUAUAGAGAGUCGUAUUCAAAAGGCUAAAGAAUCAAAGGUCUGUCUUAAUUGUUUACGGCCCGGGCACUUAGAAAAAAGUUGCAACCUUGUGCCAUGUAAAUAUUGUAAAAAAAGGCAUAACACGCUUUUACAUUUGCAUGAGCCCGUAGCUCAUUCUGAGCCUACGGCUUCCCCUGUUUGUAACUUCGCCGAGUCAAGCCAUGAUGUACCGCAAUGUACUACUGCGCCGCAUGCUUUGCUGUCCACAGCGAUCGUGAAGGUGCGCGACGGCGCGGGCAACGUGCAUACGGCCCGGCUGCUUCUGGACAACGGAAGUUCCUGCCACUUCGUAACAGAAUCACUCUGCGGUAAGCUGGGUUUGUCGCGACGUAGUAUGGGCUCCACGUUGACAGGUGUCAAUAAGAAAAAAUCACAGCUUACACAGUCUUGCAGCCUUACUAUAAUGUCGUGUUAUGAGGAUUACAGCUUUACUGUGAACUGUUACAUAUUACAGCAGAUCACAGAAGCAAUUCCGACUUCUUACUUUAAUAUAGACCAUAUUUCUCUUCCAAAAGGAAUCGUUUUGGCUGACCCUUCUUUUAAUGUACCGUCAGCAAUAGACAUUUUAGUUGGGGCCGAUGUAUUUUGGUCCGUCUUAGGUCACAAUUCUAUUGAAUUAAGUAAAAACUUACCGAAGUUGUUUGAAACGAAGCUGGGUUGGUUGGUGGUUAGGGAUCUUGCCCAUCGUAAAUCACCGUCUUCUGCUCCAGUUUGUAAUUUUGCGCAUGCGGAGCCUAACCCAGAUUUAACUCGUUUUUGGGAGUUAGACACGGUCGCAGCCAAGCACUCUUUGUCACCAGAGGAACGCGCCUGUGAAGAAAAUUUCUAUCGCACUACAACUCGCAGCGAGGAUGGCCGGUUUAUCGUCACGAUGCCGCUAAAGGAAGAUCCUGCUGUCUUAGGCGACUCGUUUCAAAGGGCAAAGUGCCGUUUCCUGUCUUUAGAGCGUAAGUUUACUCGAGAGCCGAUUUUUAAGGAAAGAUAUAUCGACUUCAUGCGGGAAUACGAGCGUUUAGGUCAUAUGACUGAAAACAAAGAGUCUUCAGCUGGCUGUCUUCAAUCCAAGGUCAAUUAUUACCUGCCACAUCAUGGUGUGCUUCGCGAAUCGAGCCAAACAACAAAGCUGCGUCCUGUUUUUGAUGCUUCAGCACCUUCAAGCACUGGCGUGUCUCUUAACCAGAUUCAAAUGGUCGGACCAACUGUCCAGGAAGACCUUUAUUCCAUUUUGCUGCGUUUCCGGCAGCACAAGUACAUCGUAACUGGUGACGUCGAGAAAAUGUAUAGGGCGAUUGACCUUACACCUUCUCAACGCUCUCUUCAGCAAAUAAUUUGGCGAUAUGAUUCCUCAGAGCCUUUAAAAACCUACACUCUUAAUACCGUCAGCUUUGGACAAGCUUCGGCACCGUACCUAGCAACUAAGUGUUUGGUUUCAUUGGCAUCUAGUGCCAUCGAUAGCGACGUCAAACAAUCUAUUCAGCGGGAUUUUUAUGUCGAUGAUUUUUUGAGCGGCUCGUCGACUAUUAAAGACACAAUUAGGCUGUGCAAGGGUGUCAUAUCUACUUUAAAAUCAGCGCAGUUCAAUUUAAGAAAAUUUCAAUCGAAUAAUAAGUACAUACUUGAACAAAUUUCGCCUAGUUCAGAGCCAAAUAAUAUUCUGGACAUUUCAAGCACUGAUAACAAUAGUUCUUCAAAGACUUUAGGUUUAAACUGGAUUUGUGACUCUGAUAUGAUGUCAUUUGCUAUUAGCAUUCAACAUAAUGAAAAAGUCACAAAACGUCAUAUUUUAUCAGUCAUCAGCCAAAUAUUCGAUCCAUUAGGCCUAGUUAACCCUUGCAUUGUCGAGGCAAAAAUUGUGAUGCAGAGGCUUUGGAUUGAAAAGUGCUCUUGGGAUCAAGAGGUCUCGCAGGAAAUCAAGGAAAUGUGGUUAUCAUUUGUUAACACUUUGCCUCUUCUUAACUAUGUAAUGGUACCUCGCUGGGUGAUUGCUGAUAACUCAGUGAGCCAUGAAAUUCACGUCUUUUCAGACGCUUCAGAGCGUGCAUAUGGUGCGUGUCUAUACAUUCGUUCGAUUGAUACGUCAGGUCAGGUACAAGUGCAUCUUUUGACAUCUAAAAGUAAAAUAGUCCCAAUUAAGCCAACCACCAUACCUAGGCUUGAAUUGUGUGGGGCUUUGAUGGCUGCAAGGUUGUGUAAAAAAGUGGUAAGCUCAUUGACUCUGCAAUUUAGUGAAUGUAGAUUCUGGUGUGACUCGACCAUUGUACUGGGGUGGUUAAAUACACCACCAAAUAAUUUGAAAAGCUUUGUUCGCAAUAGGGUCCACGAGAUCCAAGAGAGCAGUGGAGGUCACACGUGGAGCUACGUACCGUCGAAGGACAAUCCGGCGGAUCUUGUUUCUCGUGGGGUGAAGGCUGACCAAAUCAGCGGUUCAUCCUUGUGGUGGUCAGGUCCGACAUUUCUGUCGGAACCAGAAUCUCAUUGGCCAAAAAUGCCCAACACACACGUGAAGCACGAUCUACCUGAGUUGAUUACAUGUUCUCUGGCGCUUGUUGAUGAUCGUAGUACUGAUUGCAUUUCUAAAUUAAUCGAAAACAAAUCAAGAUUUAUUAACUUACAAAACGUAACCGCGUACUUGCUAAGAUUUAUACAUAACUGUAAAAAUCAGAACAAUAAAUUAACUGGUCAUCUUUCAGUUCAAGAACUUCAAAAUUCGUUAAAUUUAAUAACCCAAAAAGCACAACAGGAAAUGUUCCCUGACGAAUAUGCUGUUCUAAAAGCCGGCAAGGCACUACCUAACAAAAAUCGUUUGAUUUCAUUAACGCCUUUCUUAGAUACAAAUAGUAUCAUGCGAGUUGGUGGCAGGCUUGAUAAUUCUCCUUAUUGUUAUAACACAAAGCAUCCAAUUAUUUUAUGUAGCAAACACCAUUUAACAAAAAUCAUUUUUCGACAUUUUCAUAUUAAAUGUUUACAUGCCCCAUCUCGACUUCUUCUAGGAACUAUAAAACAAACUUAUUGGCCAUUAGGUGGCACAAAUCUUGCGAAAAACACCGUAAACAAAUGUGUACGUUGUUUUCGCUUCAAACAUGACACAGUUCAACCCAUCAUGGGGCAGUUACCUGCGACACGAACUGAAUUAGAGUUCCCUUUUUUACAUUGUUGCGUCGAUUACGCAGGGCCAGUGUUGAUAGCAGAUAGGAAAGGUAGAGGAUGCAAGCUUAUAAAAUCUUUCUUGGCAAUCUUCAUUUGCAACUCGACCAAAGCCUGUCACAUCGAGCUCGUCACGGCUCUCUCUAGUGAGGCGUACAUUGCUGCUUUAAAGCGUUUUGUCUCUCGUCGUGGGUUACCAUUGUCCAUUACAAGUGACAAUGGGACUAAUUUUGUUGGCGCUUGUAAUGAACUGGCACAACUCCUUAUGGAGUCAGAUCUUGAAGGUAAGGUAGCGCAGGAAGGCAUCGAAUUUAAAUUUGUACCUGCUUACACUCCUCACUUCAACGGUUUGGCAGAAGCAGCCGUUCGCUCCACAAAGCAUCAUCUUAAGCGACUGCUACAAACUACUCACUUCACUUAUGAGGAAAUGGCGACUUGCCUGACAGAAAUAGAAGCAGCGUUAAACAGUCGUCCUCUCACCCCAUUUUCCACUGAUCCCUCCGAUUUUUCGGCUUUAACUCCUUCUCACUUUUUAAUUGGCCGUUCACUUACGUCUAUACCUCAGCCACAAGUGUCUGAUGUGAACAUCAAUCGUCUGGAACGAUAUAGGCGAAUCCAGGUCAUACGGCAGCAUUUCUGGUCCCGGUUCUCGGUUGAAUACGUCGGCCUGCUGCAGCAAAAACUGAAGUGGCAAUCUUCGAACAAGGAGCUGAAAGUCGGAUCGCUGGUUUUAAUAAAAGACCGGGCUCUUCCACCCCUAGUGUGGUCUUUAGGGCGAGUAGCUCAACUGUACCCAGGCAACGACGGAGUCAGUAGGGUUGCGGAAAUAAAGACGAGGAGAGGAACCAUUCGGAGGGCCUUUAAUAACAUCUGUCCCCUUCCAGAUUUUUGAAGUCUUCCUCCACAUACUUCAACCCGGGCAGCAUGUUAAGUACUGGACAUACGCACGGGAGGAGACGCGCGGGCGGCGGACAGAGCGCGACGUCAUCGCGGCAAGCCGCAAGCGCCGCGCGGCACACACUGGGCUUCACAUACUCCACCGGCAACGGACGAAUACCGUAAUAGUUUUUUUUUAUAAUUGUUUGGCCGGGAUUCUUUGUAAUUAAGGCGGAAUAAACCAGCCUAUUUUAAUACA